AUGGCAGUAGCAUCCGUGGUUACCGAGCCAUUAAGUCUUGCAGCAACGUCCACCGACACGAAAGGCAAGGACCUCGACGCGAAACUUCAGCAGCUAUCAAGCCACGGCAAUCCUUCCCUGCACGUGCGCCCGGAUCACACCCUCUCACUCGAAGACACGCCCAUUCCGCGGCCCUCACCGCUACAGGCUCUUGUGCACAUCCGAUGUACUGGAAUUUGCGGUUCUGACAUACAUCUCUGGCAUGAUGGCCGCAUUGGCCCGCUACUAGUCGAUCGACCGUGCAUUCUCGGUCAUGAAGCCGCUGGCGAGAUCGUCGCCGUUGGCGAACAGGUCACGCAUCUGAAGCCCGGCGACCGCGUCGCCAUUGAACCAGGCGUGCCUUGUCAUGCAUGCCAUGUCUGCCGUGCCGGCAAAUACAACCUUUGCGCCGAUGUCCAAUUCGCUGGCGUCUGUCCCUAUGCUGGCUCAAUUCGUCGUUUCAUGGCACACUACGCACGCUACUGCCACAAGAUCCCGGAAAACAUGUCAUUCGAGCAAGGCGCGCUUCUGGAGCCGCUCUCAGUCAUUCUGCACGCGAUCCGGCAGUGCGAGGGCUCCAUCCAGCUCGGCCGACCAGCAUUAAUUUGCGGCGCUGGACCCAUCGGCUGA